AUGGAGGAAAACUCUCGACUAGGAGAAACCCCAAAAUUCGAAUUCUCCAACUCCUCCCGAGAUAAAGACAAAUAUUCCAAGAAAAAAGAUGAUCCGUAUGGAGAGAAGAUUAAUAAAUACAACAAUUACACCCCUCUUCGGGUGUCUCUUGUAGAAGUUUACAUAGAAGUAUGCCACACGAAGAAGAUUCUACCACCCCGUCCACUUAAAAGCAAAAAGGAAGGAGGAAAUCGGACGGAAUAUUGCGAAUACCAUCGAAUCUAUGGACAUCCCACCAACGAGUGCCUUGACUUGAAGAAUGUCAUAGAGAAAUUGGUAAGAGAAGGGAGACUAGAUUGGUACCUAGCCAGUAAGACAGAUGAGCCCAGAAAGAGAAGAAGAGACGAAGAGGUUAGCCGAACAAAACGACCACUACGUACCCUGGAGAGGCAUGUUCACAUGAUACAUGGGGGAUUCGCGGGAGGAGGAAUCACCGAAUCAUCUCACAAAAGAAACCUCAAAGACUUAUACCACGUCGAGGGAGGAGAAGAGGCACCCGAACUCCCUACUAUCACCUUUACUAAAGAGGACGCAGCUGGCGUCAUCUCGGGAUAUGACGAUCCCAUGCUCAUCACUAUCAUAUUGGCCAACGCUAAUCUCCACCGAACACUGGUGGACCAAGGAAGUCGGACAACUCUAAACCAGCUCGGAGCAGUAGUCUCAACUCCACACCUAUGCACAAAAUUCCCAACUGCAGAAGGGAUCACUAUGAUAAAAGGAGACCAGAAGAUGGCCCGCCACUAUUACAACGAAAGUCUAAAACUCAGAGGCAAAUGA